AUGGCGAAGAAUGGCGGCGGAAGGAAGAAGAGGGAGAAGCCCAACAUCCUUAUAACGGGAACGCCGGGUACUGGUAAAACGACGAUGUCCUCGGCUCUGGCGGAGGCGGCCAAUCUCCGGCAUAUCAACGUCGGUGAUUUGGUGAAAGAGAAGAAUCUCCACGAUGGAUGGGACGAGGAGUUCGAAAGUUACAUCAUCAACGAGGACCUCGUAUGUGAUGAGCUUGAAGAUUUAAUGGAAGAAGGUGGCAAUAUUGUGGACCACCAUGGCUGUGACUUCUUCCCCGAACGCUGGUUUGAUCUUGUCGUGGUGCUUCAAUCUGAGAACUCUGUGUUGUACGAUCGGCUGAGCAAGAGGGGUUACACUGGAAAAAAGCUCUCCAACAACAUUGAGUGCGAGAUCUUUCAGGUCUUAUUGGAAGAGGCAAAAGAAAGUUAUCCAGAAGAUAUUGUGCAGGCGUUAAGAAGUGAUUGCAUUGACGAUAUAGAGAAGAAUGUUGCUAGGAUAACUGAUUGGGUUAGAAGUUGGAGCAUGUUGCCUUGA